CUGAGGAGGAGGCACAAAUCCAAAAGCUGUUUCUCUAGUAACGCUCCUAGCCCCCGCCCCUGUGCGCACCUCAUUCUCGCGAGAAGAGACCGCCCAGUUCUUCCGGUACCUGUGGCCCUACCAGCUAGCUUUCGCGCACGUGCAGUAGGGAGUGGCGCGAGUCUGCUUCCGGCCAAAGAUCAUGUUGCAAGGCGAGGCAAGCCCUAAUGAUUCCCUUAUUGACAGAACCAUCAAGAUGAGAAAAGAAACAGAAGCUAGGAAAGUGGUUUUAGCCUGGGGCCUCUUAAAUGUAUCCAUGGCUGGAAUGAUAUAUACUGAAAUGACUGGAAAAUUGAUUAGUUCAUAUUAUAAUGUGACAUACUGGCCCCUUUGGUAUAUUGAGCUUGCCCUUGCCUCUCUCUUCAGCCUUAAUGCCUUGUUUGAUUUUUGGAGAUAUUUCAAAUAUACUAUGGCACCAACAAGUCUCGUUGUUAGCCCUGGACAACAAAUACUUUUAGGGUUGAAAACAACUGUUGUACAGACUACCCCUCCACUUGAUCUAACAGCCACCCAGAUCCCUCCCUCUCCACCUUCCCCUUCAAUUCAGGGGCAGAGCGUGUUGAGUUACAGUCCAUCUCGCUCACCAAGUGCCAGUCCCAAGUUCACCACCAGCUGUAUGACUGGAUACAGCCCUCAGCUGCAAAGCAUGUCCUCAGGUGGCAGUAGUUCUUUCAGCCCUGGAGUAACCUACUCACCAGUCGGUGGUUAUAAUAAGUUGGCAAGCUUUAGCUCCUCUCCUCCUUCUCCGUACACUACCACCGUUGGCCCAGUGGAGAGCAGUGGGUUGAGAUCCCGCUACCGUUCUUCACCCACCGUCUAUAACUCACCUACUGAUAAGGAGGACUACAUGACAGACCUGCGCACUCUGGACACUUUUCUCCGAAGUGAGGAAGAGAAACAGCACAGAGUUAAUCUGGGAAGCCCAGAUUCUACCUCUCCUUCCAAUAGCCCUACUUUUUGGAACUACAAUCGUUCUAUGGGAGAUUAUGCACAGACUUUAAAGAAGUUUCAGUAUCAGCUUGCCUGUCGGUCUCAAGCCCCCUCUGCUAACAAAGAUGAGGCUGAUCUCAGUUCUAAGCAAGCUGCAGAAGAGGUUUGGGCAAGAGUGACAAUGAAUAGACAACUUCUUGAUCAUAUGGAUUCAUGGACAGCUAAGUUUAGAAAUUGGAUCAAUGAGACAAUAUUAGUGCCACUUGUACAAGAGAUUGAGUCUGUCAGCACCCAGAUGAGACGAAUGGGUUGUCCAGAGCUACAAAUAGGAGACGCUAGUAUUACUAGCUUGAAACAAGCUGCCCUGGUCAAAGCCCCUCUCAUUCCGACUUUGAAUGCAAUUGUGCAGUAUCUAGACCUCACACCGAAUCAGGAGUAUUUGUUUGAAAGGAUCAAAGGUAACUAUCUAGACCUCACACCGAAUCAGGAGUAUUUGUUUGAAAGGAUCAAAGAACUUUCUCAGGGAGGGUGCAUGAGCUCAUUUCGAUGGAACAGAGGUGGAGACUUCAAAGGACGGAAGUGGGAUACUGACCUGGCCACCGAUUCUGCUAUCAUCAUGCAUGUAUUUUGCACUUACCUGGAUUCCAGAUUACCUCCACACCCUAAGUACCCUGAUGGAAAAACAUUUACGUCUCAGCAUUUUGUGCAGACACCAAAUAAGCCAGAUGUUACAAAUGAGAAUGUUUUUUGCAUUUAUCAGAGUGCUAUCAACCCCCCACAUUAUGAGCUCAUCUACCAGCGUCAUGUGUACAAUCUUCCAAAGGGCAGAAAUAAUAUGUUUCAUACAUUAUUAAUGUUCCUCUACAUUAUAAAGACAAAAGAGUCAGGAAUGCUUGGGAGAGUUAAUCUUGGUCUGUCUGGUGUGAAUAUUUUAUGGAUUUUUGGCGAGUAAUGGGUCAUUUAAUUCCAAAUGUUUAGACCUUUAUUAAACCAGAAGAAGUUGGAUCUAAGCGUCUCUUCUGAAAUAAGCUACAUAUGUGUGUGUGUGAGAUUUAACAAAAAAUGAGCUAGUAUACCAUUUUCUUGUGAAAAUAAGUCCUGUAUCUUCCACUCCAAGAAAUACUACCUUUCAGAAAUUUCAGUUGAUACAAAAUCGCAACACUCUGGACCUUUCUUUUUAAUACAAACCUUGCAGUUCCUCUUGGUUAAAUAAAUGUAAUAGCUCUUUUUCAUUGUAACCCCCAAAUAAGCAUUAUCCACCUGAUUCUUCCACUCAGAAAUGGAUUUUAGCCGGGGAUUUAGCUCAGUGGUUCUGCCGCCUGCCUCGCAAGUGAAAGGUCCAGAGUUCAAUCCCCGGUAUGAAAAAAAAAAAUGGAUUUUAGUUGUGUUGUUUAGUAGUGCAAGUACUUAAAAUGAAAGAAAAUGUGUUAAUUUUAUCUCUAAUCCUCCAGUGUUCUGCAAAUCAGUAUAAAGCCUGUAUUUAAACAAAUGAAAUUAAUUUCUAAGUUAUGUAUUAAUAUAUCUAAAACAUAGAUGUGUGUUUUAAAGAUUAUCAAAAAAGACUUGACAGUAUUGGCAUUUUAAAAAGUCAACUCUUGAGCUGGGCAUGGUGAUGCACACCUGCAAUCCCAGCAGUCAGGAGGCUGAAGCAGGAGGAUCACUGUGAGUUCAAGGCCACCCUGAACUACACAGCGAGACCCUGUCUCAAAAAAUUCAACUUUUGGGUUAAAUUGAGUUAGCAGAAUUAACUGGGUUUUAGUUAAGAAUAUGUAGACAUCAAGAACACUCCCACCUCUUUGGUUUUAGCAGCUCUGUUUCAUUGUUCUGUACUACUAUGUUAUUUUUAGACUUCCUUUCUUUAAGAUCCUACUAUGUCCUAUUCAUGUAAAGUUUUUAGAUACAGUAUUUUCAAAAUAUCUAGAGAGUGAAAAGAUACCAAGUUAUGAGAAGUAGCUGCUAGUAGUUGCAUGUAUUUUCUGGACUAAUGUAUUAUAGAGAUUGCUUCCAUCACAUUGACAUUAACCUGGCAGUAGCUAAAACCAUUGUCUUCUCGAGUAUUGUAUAUGCACCCAUUUUGUAUAGUUUGUAAAUUUUUCAAGAAGUUUUCAAAAAGUUCCUGUAUUUUAAAAGUUGAUGUCCAAAUGAAAAGAGCUUUUAAUUGCUU